AUGUUACAACUCAGACUCAUGCAUGGCGACCUUGUACACUUGACAUGGAUCUGCAUUAUUAUCCCAAAUUUGAGGUUGUUGGAAUCCUUUAUGAAAGCCUAUGUUAGAAACCAGCUGAUCACGUCCGCGGCUAUUUCUUUGGCGUUCGUUUGCUAUUUGAGCUUCCUGUGGUUGAUUGUCUCCUCGCUUGUGGUUGUGGACGCUUUACAAGUACCAUGGACCCAAAUUCGCAGAUCCUGUGGUGCUUAUAUCAAAGCAUCUGUUCUCAUAAUAAUCGGUUAUGCAAUUUUACUUGCGGUAAAUCCAAGGUAUGUCAGUCUGCUCAUAUUGCCCGUCAUCAUGCUGGUUUUCAUUGGAGCACUGUUCGUGAUAGUCUCUAUGAAGGGCAGCCUAGAACUGAAGUGCCACCAAGACAGUAACACUAGUGAUGAGGUUAACAAUGCGAGCAACGUUACUCCAGCUUCUGAAGAGGAUGGUAAUGGCGGCUUAGUAGGUGACAAGGACGACGGGCUGUUUCAAAUAGCAGUAGUGCCAUGCUGGUUACUAUUCUGCACGGGGUAUUUUAAGGCUGACAACUUGGUGUUCUCACAGUUCCUCCUCUUCCUCAGCUCCUCCCUGGGUGAGCUUGCACUGAUGAUGGCGAAGCUUCCAUCCCAAGUGGCCCCGGCAUUCGAGGCUGUCCACAGGGCCUCCCUCGUGGCGGUGUUGCUGACAGCGCACACCAUGGCAGCGGAGCUGCUGGGUGAUCACGUGGUGCUCGUUUGCGCGCCGGAGCUAGUUGUAGCGCUAGCAUGGCUCGCCAUCCACUUGGCCCACGGCGGCGCUACUACCGUCCGCGCCGUCGAGGCGGCUCUGCGCAAAGCUAACACUGCAGUGCUCGGUGUUGCGGUGCCUAUCCUCACAUACCUUGUGCCCAACAGAGAUGAGUCGGAGGGGGAGACGAAUCUGCUCUCGAGCUACAUGUCGGCCUCGGUUGCUUGUGCCAUUUCGGUUAUUCUGCCAUCCCUCUGUGUGUUCGUGCUGCGUCAGUGGCGGAGGCAAACUACGGCGGCGCCUUGGUCAGAGGUGGAGGGGUCGAUCCGGCUGUUAACCUUCUGCCGAGAUAUCAUGUUGAAAGCAGCAGCGAUGUUCUUGGUAGCUAAGCCACUGGUCGAUGUGCGGCUACGUUUGCAAAUGCAAGGACUAGCGACCGACAUAUGGAGCAAAUUUCUCCAAGGAAGAACAUGA